CUCACGUUAUAAAUAUUUGUUAAUGUCAAUGACGACAGAACUUAAUUUAAUGAUAAUACAGAAAUUAAAAGCCCUAGAAAAAUUUUGUACCCAGGAAAAGGGCAGGGUGAUUAGUUCAAUUUAAGUGUGAAAAAAAUUUUUAAAUCGAUAUAAAUCGUUGUAACCAAAAUGGUUAAGAUAGCAUUGAAAAUCAAAGUAUUGUUGGAGAAUAUAGAAGAAUUGAAGUCCUCAGGAUUAAGCCAUAAUUGGUAUUUUAAAUUUAAAUGUUGCAAUUGUGGUGAAAUAACAAAGAAAUGGUGCUCUGUUUCUUUAGAAGAUUCUAUCCCAAGUACAAAGGGGAAUGCUGUGAAUCAUUUUCUAGCUAAAUGCAAGCUUUGUGGUCGUGAGAACUCUAUGACUAUUGUAGAAGAUUCUAUCAAAUCGUUUACUGCUGAAGAUCAAGGGAGAUUUAAAAAAAUCGUUAUAUUAGAUUGUAGAGGACUAGAACCUUGUGAUUUUUCUGCACGAGAAGGAUGGAUUGCAAAAGCUAUAGACAAUGGUACAGAAUUUACGGAUGUUGAUUUAUAUGAAUAUGAAUGGAUUGAAUAUUGCGAGAAAAUAAAGAAACCUGUUGGAAUAACCGAAAUUGAGCACAGAUUUGAAAGAGUUAAAUAAAAUAUCUAUUCAUAAAAUGAUGUAUAUAAAAUAGUUCUCAGUUAGUGUUUCUUUAUUGUUUUAAUUAAUUAUUAAGUUUAUACAAUCUACAUGUAUACCCUUCUGGUUGAAAAUUGUUAGAUUGCAUUUAUUCAUUAUACUCAUUAUCAUACUUUCUAAAGUAUGGAUAUUUUGUAAUUGCAAUUUAGAAUAACACAAAAGAUUAUUUACUUAUUAAGUAUAUUGUUUACUUACUAAGUAUAUUGUUUAUAUCAACUAUGUACAAAGUCCUUGAAUAAAGCAGUAAUUUCAUAAUGCAUAA